GUCGUUUCAUAGAUUUUUAUUUUUGAAAAUAUUUCGUAACAAAACCUUUAUAUCUGCAUAAAUGGGUUAUGCAAGGAGAGUGCAGACCCAUGAGUCUUUAGGAGAGUGCAUGAGAACAUCAUAAAGAAUAACAAUGCUAAUGUUAAGAACCUUAGGCUUGCUUAAUCAGCAGGCAACUAAAAUAUGUCAGGCACAAUCACUACAAAGAAUGACACUUAGAUUCUUGAAUGUGACAUAUGAUAAAUCUAACUGGAUAAACCAUCAGAUUGAUACUUACCCUAUGAAAUACACUCAUAAAAAAUACCAUACACCUCCAACAUGUGUGUUUAGUAACUUCACAAGCUCACGAUGUUUAUCACAGGCAAUAGGAAGUACAUGUAUAAACUAUGAACUGCAAAAUCAGCGAGGAUUUAUUCGCUUACAUGGAAAAGAUACAGUAGAUUUUCUCCAAGGACUCAUCACUAAUGAUAUGUCAUCUUUAGAUGGAGAUUGCAAAGCACUAUAUGCCAUGGUGCUAAAUAUCCAGGGCAGGGUGUUGUAUGAUGUCAUACUCUACAACAUAUCUUCAAAUGAAAGUGAACCAGCUAUCCUCCUUGAAUGUGACAAAGAAAUAGCAACAGAACUAUACAAAACACUUAAAAAGUAUAAAAUUAGGAAAAAGGUGAAGCUUGAGCCCUGUUCUGAUGAGUAUAAGUUAUGGACUAUAUUUCCCAAUGAUCUUCACGCAGUAUUAGACAGCAAUAUCACCUCUAGUGGGUCAAUAGAACAGAGAGAAGGUCUUGUAAUUGCUGAACAAGAUCCCAGGCUGAAGGACUUUUGUACAAGGAUGGUGCUGGACAGUACAAUGAAAGGAUCAGAUUAUUUACCUGUUGGUGCUACAGAGCCAUCUAUAGCCCAAGCUUACAACACUAGGAGGUAUAUACAUGGGGUAUCUGAAGGAAUACUAGAUCUUCCAGUAGGCAAGUGCACUCCCUUGGAAAGUAAUGCUGUAUUUUUAAAUGGAGUGAGUUUCACAAAGGGUUGCUACAUUGGACAAGAACUGACAGCUAGAACACACCAUACUGGGGUAAUCAGGAAGAGACUGAUGCCAAUAACAAUACAAAAAGAGGGUGUUGUGGUACCUUCUGAUAGCAAAAUACAAAAUUCAUCUAACAAGAAUGUUGGUAGAUUUAGACACAACAUUGGAAAAUAUGGACUAGGCCUCCUAAGAGUGGCUGAUGUGAAAGAAGACUCUCUUAGUAUUUACUUAGAUGAGGAGGGUAAAGAAACUGUCGCAGCAGAGGCAAAUGUACCAUAUUGGUGGCCAAAAUUAGAAAAUCUUGAAAAAUGA